AUGGCACCUACCCAAGCCUCGCGCCGGCCUCUAAACGCCUACAUAGUCCCAGCCAUGUUCAAAAACCUCUCGUACAAGCUCUCGUCGGCGUUGUCGUCCUCGGAAGUGCCCACGUUGAAGAACAGCGAGGAAUUCGCAAAGGCGCAGAGGACGGAGCAACUGUUCCCGAGCACCGACCCCAAAGUCGAUGGUGACGACUGCUUGCACGACUGCUCGAGUUGCACCGUCAACUAUCCGCGCAAAUUCGAAAUCGAUGAGACGGAGGAGCUGUUUGGCCAUGUCAAGGGAUGGAGCACCCAUUUGAUUGUCGCGACGGGCAAGACAGACUGGGUUCGCGAUGUGGCGGAUGAAAAGGGCAGCAUCAUGGAGGCUGUUGAUAGAGGAGGCGUGACGCCCAGUAAUGGGAAACUCAUGCUCUCAGCCUCCAACAUGCCCGUCCCAGACCACUCGGACCACAGCACCAUGGUCCUGCUACUACCUUCAUGGCAGUACAUAGACAACGUGACGCCCGCAAACAUCCCAGACCUCAUCACCAACUUUGUCAACCCAGGCCCAACCAACAACACACCUCUUCGCGCAGCAGCACCACCACCACCACCACCAGCAGACACCUCUUCCAACACAUCCAACACCACCGCUACCAUCCCCCCAACCCCAACCCUCACCCCCCGCCCCUGCCCCCACAAAUACCUCAUCCUAAUGUGCAGCCAAAAAACCCGCGACGCCCGCUGCGGUCAAUCCGCCCCCCUCCUGCGCAAAGAAUUCGAACGCCUCCUCCGACCCCUCGGCCUCUACCGCGACCUCCACGACGACCGUCCCGGCGGCGUAGGCAUCUACUUCAUCAGCCACGUCGGCGGCCACAAGUUCUCUGCAAACGUCAUGGUCUACCGCCACGUCUCUGCUCUUGCUGCUCCUGUUCCUGCUCCCGCUGCCGCUGCAUCUGAGCGCGUCGCUGUAAAGGAUGAGGAUGGGCGCGAGAUCGUGCUUGAUGCAGAUAGAGAGCCGCGUGAGGGGGGCGCGGCGCAGUGUAUUUGGCUUGCGCGUGUAAGGCCGGAGGAUUGUGAGAAUAUUGUGCGGUAUACGGUGUUGCAGGGGAAGGUUGUGAAGCCGGAGCGGCAGUUGAGGGGUGGGUUUGAUCGUUGUAGGCAGGUGGCUAGUUGGUGA